AUGGUCGUACCUUUGACAGAGCAAAUUACAUCGAAAAACCACGAAGAGAGUGGUACCACAGCAAAGCCUCGAGUCUCUGACUCAACUCGGAACGGCGACAUACUUGCGCAUAGUUCUACUGGUAGAGUCAUAUCCUGCCUUAGAGAGGCAAAGCCUCGCCUCGAAAAUGCGUAG